AGGGACAUCAGUCAGUACUUGCUUAUGUGAGCGAAAGCGGGCGAGGAGGGUUGCAUAGGUUUCUGGAGUUUGGUCUUUACGAGUAUAAGUGAAUAAAAUGGAUAAAGACAACCUCACCGUGGUCCUGCACUCUAAAGGAGAUCUAAGAUUGGAGCAGCGUCCCAUUCCGGAACCAGGGCCAAAUGAGGUGUUACUUCAGAUGCACUCUGUGGGCAUCUGUGGAUCAGACGUGCACUAUUGGCAGAACGGCCGCAUUGGGGACUUUGUGGUGAAGCAGCCCAUGGUUUUGGGACACGAAGCCUCAGGUCGUGUGGUCAAAGUGGGCUCUGCUGUGACGCAUCUCAAAGCAGGAGACAGAGUUGCCGUUGAGCCUGGAGUUCCUCGUGAAGUAGAUGAGUUCUUUAAAUCUGGACACUACAAUCUGUCUCCCAGCAUUUUCUUCUGUGCCACUCCUCCAGAUGAUGGAAACCUCUGCAGAUACUACAAACACAAUGCAAACUUCUGCUACAAGCUUCCUGAUAAUGUGACCUAUGAGGAGGGAGCCCUGAUCGAACCCUUGUCAGUGGGCAUUCAUGCUUGCAGGAGGGCAGGAGUCACUCUUGGAAGCUCAGUGUUUGUCUGUGGUGCAGGACCAAUUGGGUUGGUGUCUUUGUUGGCGGCCAAAGCCAUGGGUGCUUCACAAGUAAUAAUAAGCGAUUUGUCUUCUGAUCGGCUCACCAAGGCUAAAGAGAUGGGGGCAGACUUCGUGCUUCCUGUGAAGAAAGAGGAUGAACCAAAGGAGAUGGCCAAAAAAGUGGAGGGAAUGCUUGGUUCCAUGCCUCAAAUCAGCAUAGAAUGCACUGGAGUGCAGAGCAGCAUUCAAACAGCCAUCUAUGCCACCCGUUCUGGAGGAGUGGUGGUGCUAGUUGGGCUUGGUGCUGAGAUGACCACCAUACCUCUUCUCAAUGCAGCUGUCAGAGAAGUUGACAUCAGAGGUGUAUUCCGCUACUGUAACACCUGGCCGGUGGCCAUUUCUAUGUUGGCAUCUAAGAAGGUGAAUGUCAAGCCCAUGGUCACUCACCGUUUCUCACUGGAGCAGGCUGUGGAGGCCUUUGAAACCACCCGCCAGGGACUAGGGGUUAAAGUCAUGAUAAAAUGUGACAAGAAGGAUCACAACCCAUGAGAUCAACUCUUAGAUCCACACCUGAUUAUUGCCUAGCUACAGUGACUUGAAUAAAUUUAUUUGAUCCAGUUAAUUUAGCGAGUAACCUCCGGUACAAAAGUCAUAGGAAUUAAGAUGAUACUUCUUCACAGUGGAUCCAAUUAUUUAUAAUUCCAGAUGCAUUAUAAUUUAAUGAAUAUGUAUCAUUUUACAUUAGUAAAGUGUUUUUAAACCAAACUUUUAUUAUAUAAUCAUGAGGAGUAUUAAAAUGUAAUUUUAUGCAA